AUGGAGUACACCUGUUUAGUGGCCGGGGAUACCUCCUCUGGCAUUGAUGCUCUUAUGGAUCUUCUGUUAGAGUUUCCCCUUCCCGCAGCACUGCGAGAGAAGGAACAGCAGAAAUCAAUUAAAAGAUCUAAUUCAACUGCAGGACGGAGAUUAGAACUCGCAAAUCCCUCACUACCGAAUAUGACUAUUCAUGUUACAUUAGAAAAGGCUUCUACGCCUUCUACAUUAGGAGCUAUGGAAUGGACACCAGCUGCAGUAGUAUUAGUGUUUUCCACCUUUUCUUCAGAUUCUUUGCAAUAUCUCAAGACAGAAUGGGUUCCUUGGCUUCGUAGUUUAACUCCUUCGCCAACUGUGAUUCUUGUGGGAAUGACAAACGAUAGGCUCCAAAAUAUGAACAACAAUAAUAAUAAUACGAAUUUAAACAUUCCUCAACCAAGUGAUAUUGCCCUUCUCGCUACAGAGACUCACGCAAAGGUGUAUUUUGAGGUGGAAGGAGGAGGUAAUAGUAGUACAGUAGCGGCAGCCGUGUCGGAAUUACGUAUUGGUAUUGCCCGUGCCUGUACAGGUGAACUCAUUGCAGAGAGUGAUGUACAGGAAACGAGUAUUCGUGAUUCUCGAGAUCGAAAUAUUCUCGCACUUUCUUUAAAUUCCCCUCCAGUACUUUCAAGUGGUGGAUCAUCUUUUGUUUCACCAUUAAAUAGUGGUAGUUUACUUUCACCAAAGAGUGCUUCUUUAAAUUCUUUUAGUGUAUGGACUUAUAGACGUCAUCCAAAAACCAAUCGUCUCUUUUAUGUAAAUCGAUCCACAAAGAAAUCACAAUAUCGUCGGCCGGAGGACUACGAUGGGGAAGAGCCGGUGUUAACAUUAGAAGAACACGUGGAGGCGGAGAGAGCACGACAGGCGCAAUUACAACGUGAACGGGAAUUACAGCGUGAACAUGAGGAACUCCUGCAGUUUAACAGAGAAAUGGAGGAACAGGAACAACGACUAAAAGUCAAACAAUCAUGUUUGAAACGAUUAGAACAUGUUGUGCAAAGACUUCGUCAACAGGCAGUGAGUAUUGAACGUCAACGUGAUAAUAAUAAUGUUAUUCGAACACAAAUUAGUCAACUAAGAGAAGAGGUACUUUCAAAUGAGCGAAAUUUUCUUCAGGAAUCUGCAGAUUUUCAUGCCUCAUUGGAACAACGGAUUAUGAAAACGAAACAGGCAUUAAUAAUGGAGGAAAAGGAAGGAAUUUCUUUCACUUCUUAUUCUUCUUCUUCUUCUUCUACUGAUAAUAAUAAUAAUAAUAAUAAUAAUAAUAAUAAUAGUAAUAAUAUAUCUGUAUUAACAAAAACAGAUGAAGGGUCCAUAUUAGAGGAACGUGAUAAAUUACAUACGGCAAUGCAGACUAUCGUCCAUAAUACCCGCACUGUGGUAGCGGAAUUGCGUGAACUUGUAGAGAAAGGUUUAAAACAGCGAGAAGUGAAUACGACUACACAUACGGAGUUAACACUUACACAAAAGCGAAUAGAAUCUUUAUUAUUAAUACAAAUACCAAACAUGGAUACAGAAGAACAAGAAGUUUCUACCGCAUUAUCGAAAACACGAAUGGAAUUAAAAGAAGUAGAGAAAAAAUUAGAACCUCUACUAAUGGCACGAGCGGAACGACAACGUCUCUUAAAUAGACGUCAUCAUUGGGCACAUAAUGCCCGAUUAGAAGAGGAAUUAUUAAUGAAAGAAAUACAACAAUUGGAGAUGGAAAUAGAUCUCACAAGGAAACAGUUAAGAUUAGGAAAGAGAGUAUUAUCAGCAGAAGAUACACAUGAACGGGCACGUUUACAACGAGCUCGAGAUAUACAAGAAUGUGUAACGGUGUAUGCUACUCUCUCAUUAUCUAUAUUAUCAAUAUUAAAACUGAAGGAACAGAUGAAAGUGAUUUUAAAUCGUUUUUCAGAGUUAUAUCAACAACGUCAAGAACUUUUAGGAAAAGUGAGAGAGAAAUAUGUACAGGAAAGACUUUCUUUACUACAGAAGUGGUACUGUCUUGAUGCAGAGAUGAAUAAAAGUACUCUCACUUCUAUGGAUAAGAGUUGUAUUAAAAGAGAACUUUAUAUAAUAGAUGAGCGUAUGGUACCAUUAGAUGCUGCGCUAGAUCAGUUACAAUCUUAUACCGCAUAUAUAGAAAUGGGAAGUAUUAGUAUAGAAGCCAAAUUACAACAAGCACGAGAUAUAUUGUUGAGAUUACCAGAAGUAAAAACAGAAUUAGUGUCUACAUCAAAUAGUGUGGUGGAGACGUGUUGGAUGUUACUUUCGAAUCGUUUAUGUGAAGUGAUGAAAUGUCUAAGGUCAGCAGUUAGUAGUAUUAUUACUACUUCUUCUUCUACUGUUGCUUUCUCUACUAAUAAUAAUAACAAUGAUAAUAAUAGUAAUAAUGACUCUAGUGGUAAUCAAAUGACGAGGGGAAAAAGAGAGAGUACUAUAUAUACAGAACACAUGAUAUCUUUACAAGAAGAAAUAUGGUCUUGUGCGGCGAAGCGUCUCCUUCGAGAUUUUACUCCGGAGGAAUUACAACAAGUUGCACAUUCUCUAUUUACAGAGGAGAGAAUAACGACUGAUAUCCAUUCUCCUACUACUCACAGGGAUAGUAGUAAGAAGAAGAAUCCUCAUCAUAUUGAGAAUUCUUCUACUGGUAGCUCUCAUCAUAACAGUUAUGAUCCUGUUGAGAGUGCUGUGAAGGAAGAUAUGAAUAACAAGAAUAAUAAUAAUGAUGAAUGGAUGCCAUCACCGCUUUGGGUGAAAAAGAUAUUAUUCUCUGUUCUCGCACCAGUGAAAGAUUCACGUGGACUCACUGAGAAUGAAGUUAUCGUAAAUGCAGAGGAACGAAUGGUGGCGCAGCGGGAUGGGUCUAACGAAAUGCUGCGGAAACGACUGCGCCAAGCGUAUGCAUGA